AGGUAGCACAUGUUGCAGUUUGAUCUACGAAGAGUGCUGAAACUUGAGGGAAUUAAAGGGAUCUCUACGACAUGGGAGUUCUCGACUUCCCUUGGUACAAUGCUUUCACAUGCACAUGGGGUUCUUACAAUAACAUACUCUUCCAGGUAGCAAACUCGUGGCUAUGUGUCCUCUACAUCGGAGAUUUUAUAAAUUUCCCAUCAUCCUUUGCUUAUAUGGUCUUUCUCAGAAUAGUCCUGGCAUCUUGUGCAUUUUUCUUCUCCUCGUGGGCGGUUUGGGUGCUCUGUUCUCCCGACACUGCAAUGUGGAACAUUCUAUUUUGUAUCUACAAUGUCGUCAGAUUGAUUGUCCUCCUUUACAAGGAAUAUCGCCCACCCAAUAUUAAACCUAGAUUUGAAAAGCUGUAUAACACAUGCUACAAGAGUAGUGGCAUCUCAGUAAGCACAUACAACACGCUCAUUGAAGGAGGAACUGUCAUUGCUACACCUCAUACAGAAUCUAGAAUCCUUCAUAAAACUCUGUAUUCCAAACAAGAUCCUGCAAAUAAUUUCCGGUAGGAUCACGAUAAGACUAAUGAACGGACACAAGGUAAGAUUACGAGAAGGAGACUUUAUCAACCACAACAACUGGAACUUUAGCUCUAGUCACGUGACUGAUACUACCCUUGUUGCUGACUACUCUGUGGCUACAGAGGGAUUGAUAGUGUCGUGGUCCUACUCGCGACUCAAUGAGUUGCUCCGUGGUCAGGAGCGUCGUCUCUUCUCUUAUCUCCUGCUUAGCAACCUGAACAACCUCCUCCUCCACCUCUCCAACCUCCUGGACCAGAGCUCCACAACUCUCGACAUAACUUCAAAUACCUCGGAUAACUCCCAGGAUGUUGAUCCCCAUGACAACGACACGCAGCAGCUGCUUCUUCAUAAAAACAACUUUAGCAGUGAUUCGUGCGCGGAUUCGGGUAUUGAUCACAAUGGUGCAGGGAGUGCAGGGAGCAACAAUGUUGUGACUAUUAAUAAUGUACCUGUAAGUAAUGGGGCUGUGGUUAAUGGGGUUGUUGAUAAUGGGAAUGAGAGGAAUUUGGAGAAUUCGUGGAAUGAUGAAGUGGUGGAGUGCGAGCAUGUUGGCUUGCUGGAAGCUGAAACUGGGUUGUAACGAGAUUUUAUGAGAACAGUCACUUUCAUAAAGUUUGCGAUAUGGUUGCUCAUGUAAACUGAUUGAGAAUUGAGUCAUAUUUGUUGAAGUCUAGGUAUUUUGUAUACAAAUCAAGAAUAUAAACAUGUACUUCUCCUCUGGGGCUAUUAACUAUAGAGUAAAAUAUUUGUUAAGUUUUGUUAAUUAAUUAGCAGUUAUAGAUUAAUUAUCAGGGACUGGGUUCCCAACUAAUGGAGCAGCCCUUUUUUCUCAAUAAUUUAUCACAAGCCGCUUUCUAAAAGCCGCUAACUAUUUCGGUACAAUGUACAUUAAUCUUGAAAUUCACAUUCAACAGAAUAUGUUGAAUUAAAUCAUCUUGUCAUAGAAUUGUGGCGGUUUUAACCUUUUAUUUCGAUACACAUAAAAACCUAAUCAAAUAUCCGUUUUGACAAGUGCUAUACGCUUUAUCUCUUUAUCCCUAUUAAUAUUCUUUCUUAUAUAUUUGAAGAGCAGUCAGAUCAUGUUUACUUCUUAAUGUACAGCUAUGACAUUAAAGAGGUUUAAUACACCGGUAAAACUGUAAAAGGAGUUACUAUGUGGUGCAGGCCACUCCAACGACUAGGAGGAGACCUUUUCAAGUACAAAAAGUAGUAGUAAUUGGUGAUAUGAUCUGACCGGCCCUGAUAAUCGUCGGUCCCCUUUUGUCGGCCUCCCUAUAUAUUUUGGUUGUGAACUCAUGUAGUGUGAAAGGGAUUAUCUCCGCAUUCAUUAUAAAACCUUGGGUAUUCACUGUAAAUGGCGAUAACGUGCUAUUCGCUCCUUGGAUAAUUUCAAAAUUAACCUCUAGAAUUAAAAUGAUAUCUAUAUCAUAGAUGGUGUUCAGAUGUAAAUAUUAAGAUAUUAUGUAGAUUAUGUUGCAAUAUUCACUAAUUUAUGUUAGGUUGUUAACGGGCAAAACCGAUUUUAUAUUUGUGAUCUUAGUUGUUGUAUAGCUGUUUUUAAUGUACUUAUUAUGUAAAAUCUAAAUUAUUCUUUUUUAUCGUAGAA